UGGCGACCACGAAUAUGACAACUUCGUUGGCAACCGGGAUUAGGCUACAGGGAUGGUACUAAAGAUGAUGGUUGGACGCGGGUAGCCUAUAUGAAGGAUCAAACCAAGUCAUUUUUUUAAACACAGAUUUAAUGGACAACGGAUUAUUUUAAACAGGGAAUUAUUUCUGGCGGAACUGCUUGGAGGUGGUCUUACCGUCGACAAAACAGAGCAAUGAGGAUAUCUUUGCGCAACAUUGGUGCUGCGACUUUAGUGGUUACCACCCUUUGCCUGGUCGUAAUUUUGAACAGGGACAACUCCUCCUAUGACCUCAGUACAGGCAUCUCCCAGAGACAGCUCCCUAGUGUACUGAAGGCAGACAUGAUUCAUUCCCCUGAUGAUGACGCCCAGAACCCUGCCCCGACUGAGGUCCCACCGCAGCCAUACUGCGAGCGUAAUCACUCCAUGGUCAACGUUUCGGACUUUGACACGCUGCCACACCACAUUCAGGACUUCCUGUUCUACCGCCACUGCCGCCACUUUCCCAUGUUGCUGGACGCCCCAGACAAGUGCGGUGGGCCGGAGGCCUCGUCCGACGUGUUCCUGCUGCUGGUCAUCAAGAGUUCGCCGCCCAACUACGACCGGCGGGAGGUACUGCGCAAGACAUGGGCACAAGAGCGGCAGCACCACGGCAAAUGGAUCCGCCGCGUCUUCAUCUCGGGUGUGUCAGACACAGGUUUCGAGCAGCAGCGGCUCAAUAAAGUGCUGCGGCUGGAGAGCCGCGAGUACGGUGAUGUGAUCCAGUGGGACUUUGCCGACACCUUCUUCAACCUGACACUCAAGCAGAUGCUCUUCCUGGAGUGGAUGGAGCACCGCUGCCCCAGCGUCCGCUUCCUCCUCAACGGUGACGACGACAUCUUCGCCAACACCGACAACAUGGUGGACUAUCUGAGUGGCCUGCCAGAUGGCAACGACGGCAGCAAGCACCUGUACGUGGGCCACCUGAUCCGCUGGGUGGGCCCCAUCCGCGAGAAGUGGAGCAAGUACUAUGUGCCCGUGCAGGUGCAGGAGUCCAAUUCCUACCCGCCGUACUGUGGAGGGGGGGGCUUCCUUCUCUCCGGCUCUACGGGGCGCAUUAUAUACAAGAUGUCUCACUCCAUCACCCUGCUGCCCAUCGACGACGUCUACAUGGGCAUGUGUCUGGAGAAGGCCGGACUGGAGCCUGUGUCUCAUUUUGGGGUCAGAACGGCAGGGCUCCCUGUGCCCUCGUCCAAGGUGGACUCCUACCAUCCCUGCUACUACCGGGAGAUUCUUCUGGUCCAUAGAUUCCUGCCAUACCAAAUAUACCUCAUGUGGAACAGGAUAAAUGAACCCAAUUUGAAAUGUGACGGUUCGCAGGUCUCCAAUCUUUAGCAAAAACCCACAUUGAAUUUAUUUUAUCUCUGUUUCUAUCUCUCUGGGAGCACAAUGAUGUUUGUUUUGUGUUUGUUAUGUUAAAAGGAAGCUCAGGUUAACAAUUAGUCAUCCAUUUUCUCUCUGCUAUUCUCUUGGCAAUUGAGGGAUCAGAUAUUUAGUGUCUGGCACAGGUAGUGUGGUGGAUAUGCAAACUUGAUGAGGCCUCUUCUUUCAUGCCCUUCAUGUAGGAGGGACAAAGAAAUCCCCUACGCGCCUCCGCCUGAGUCCAUUAAUGGACUGGACACACCUCAAAGGCUGUAAUCCCACUUAUCACCCGGUUGCCACUGUAAAGCCAUGCCUUUAUAACACGCAAAGGAAACAUGCAGUUCCGUUUAAAAAGAAGCCCACUAGUUCAGCUUGUUGUACAACUUUCAUAGGCCCUAUAAUAGGGAUACCAUGGACAGUUAGCUUGUUUACAGUUGAUUCCAUUGUUGCGAAGCCUGCCUCCAGGCUCAACCGUCAUCCUACUAUGGUUGUUAUAAUUACCAUU